CCUCUCUCCCUCUCUCUCUCUCUCUCCCCAUUUAUAUAUAUACCCACAUGAAGCACAAACCAUCUCAAGCAUUUAUUUUAUUGGUUUUAGAACCAGUUUGGCUGUUUCAAUAAUAGAUGUGAUUUUUCUCUUCUGAAGAAACCCCUACUUCAUCUUCUUCUUCAUCCAUGGAUACUGCUCAUUGGCCACAGGAAAUAGUGGUGAAAUCAAUGGAAGAGAUAGUAGUACCAAACACAUGCUCAAACUCAAAGCGGCCUUCUUCAAUGGAGAGGAAGGUUAGGCCUCAGAAAGAACAAGCUUUGAACUGUCCAAGGUGCAAUUCAUCUAACACCAAGUUUUGUUACUACAACAACUACAGUCUCACACAACCAAGGUACUUUUGCAAGACUUGUAGAAGGUAUUGGACUGAAGGUGGAUCUCUCAGAAACAUUCCUGUUGGAGGAGGUUCAAGAAAGAACAAGAGAUCUUCAUCUUCACCUUCAUCAACAACAACUUCAUCAUCAUCUUUAUCAAAGAAACUUCCUGAUCUGGUUCUUCCACCUCAAAACCCUAAGAUCCAUGAAGGCCAGGAUCUCAACUUGGCUUACCCAUCUCAUGAUUUCAAAACCAUCUCUGAACUCAUUCAAGUGCCCAAUUUUGAUGACAACAAGAACAACGCUUCUUGUGCAUCCACAACUACUUCAUCAUCUCACCUCUCAGCUUUGGAGCUUCUCACUGGGAUUAACUCAAGGGGGUUGAGUUCUUUCAUACCCAUGUCGGUGCCGAUGAUGCCGAUAUCGGAUCAGAACUCAUUUUACUCAUCUGGGUUUUCUCUGCAGGAAUUCAAACCAACCCUAAAUUUCUCUCUUGAUGGGCUUGGAAUUGGAAGUAGUGGGUAUGGAAGUCUCCAAGGGGUGCAAGAAACUAGUGGGAGGCCUUUGUUUCCAUUUGAAGAUCUGAAACUAGUCUCAAGGUCCUCUGAUAUUGAGCAAAAUAGAGAGCAAGGAGAUUCAACUGGGUAUUGGAAUGGAGUCUUAGGUGGUGGUGGUGGUGGAUCAUGGUAAAGAAGAUAAUAAACUACA